GCGCCGCCGUUCACGCUGCGGGUCUGGAGUCCUCGGUUGCUAGCUAACACAUUAGCCUUACCAUGACUUGACCGUAGUGCUUCAGGCUUCUCCGCCUCAUUCACCUGACCAGGCAGAGUGUGUAGGAGAGGAGGCCGCGCUGGCAUGCGUUUGGGCAGCAGCUUGAGGUGGCAGCUCUCCCGGGCCAUGCGACUAGCGCUGCGCUGGUGCCGUCCGCUCAGAGGAGGCCGAGGCGGGGAAAGCAAACCGUGGAUCAGAGGCAAGUGUCUGGAUCUGUGGACCUACAGCAGACUGCUGCUACGCUCCCUUUACUUCAACAGCCUCACUAACUCGGACACUCUGCUGGACUGUGCGUUUGAACCUGUCUACUGGAUUGUGGACAAUGUGACCCGCUGGUUUGGAGUGGUAUUUGUCACUCUGGUUAUAAUGUUGACCACCUCAGUCGUGGUCAUCGUCUACCUGUUCGUCAUACCCAUGAUCCUCAGCACCUACCCCGUGUACUGGAUCGUCUGGCACCUCUGCUGCGGCCACUGGCUUCUCAUCAUGGUGGUCUUUCAUUACUACAAGGCCACCACCACCUCCCCAGGACACCCACCCAAGGACAAAAUUAAUAUUCCCUCAGUGUCCAUCUGCAAGAAAUGCAUCUCUCCAAAACCAGCCAGGACGCACCACUGUAGCAUCUGCAACACGUGCGUGUUGAAGAUGGACCACCACUGUCCCUGGUUGAACAACUGUGUUGGUCAUUUCAACCACCGUUACUUCUUCUCCUUCUGCCUGUACAUGACGCUGGGCUGCAUCUACUGUAGCGUCAGCAGCAAGGACUUGUUUCUGGAAGCAUACAGUGCCAUAGAGAGAUACUAUCAGACCCCCCCACCCACUGAAGCCUACACUGAAACCACCGCUCAUAAGAGUGUCAUCUUCCUCUGGGUGCUGACCAGCUCGGUGGCGGUAGCUCUGGGAGGACUCACUCUGUGGCACAUGAUACUUAUCAGCAGAGGAGAGACCAGCGUGGAGCGCCACAUUAACAACAAAGAGACCAGAAGACUGAGGGAGCAGGGAAAGAUGUUUAGAAAUCCAUAUCACCAUGGUAACAUGAACAAUUGGAAAAUACUGCUUGGUGUGGAAAAAGGAAGUCACUGGUUCACACGGGUCCUCUUGCCGUCGAGCCAUCUUCCCACCGGAGACGGCAUCAUGUGGGACUACAUCUUCAGCAGAAGAGACCCCAUGGCCAUCUGACCCUCGUCCUUUAAUUUCAAACCAUAUCAGAAAGACUUGUGCAGCCUUAACAUGCAUUUAUACAACAAGCAAAGGGACUCCUCUGUAUCACUGUAGUGACCGUCCGGGGACACUAGAAGAGAAGCUUUACAUCAUCUGUUUUUACUGCUGCUUCACGACCGCCUCAAAAACAUCCAAAUAACCACAAGUGAUUCAUCUUCUUGGGAUGUGUCAUCUUUUCCCACCUACUGCCUGUCAGCGUUAAGACUUUCCCUCCAGCCGACGCCCACCUGUGACUGCAGCACUGUUGAUCACUCGGAGUGAGAAGAGAUGCUGCUGGCCAGUAUUGCUGUUCGGCUCAAACCUCUCUCUCGCUGGUGAGGACAUUAAAACCAUUUUUUUGUACUUUUUGACUGAAUUUUUUGAACCAACAGUAGAGCCUCUUGUGACCAGUGUGAGGGGACUUUAAGACUAGAGGACAGACAGAGUGGCUGUUUGUGAGCAACAAGCUUAUAGGGACAACAAGGUGCUAUGUGUUUGUAUUUUCACACGUCAACACAGCACAGUAAACCUGUACCUUAGUAUGAAUGGUAGGGACUUUCUUUGUUGUUGUGUUGUUGUAUUCUUACCUCUUUCAGAUCGGACUACAUUUCCCACACUCUACUGGCUUCUUUAUGCAGGUGUUUCCCUGUUGUUACCUGAAGCCCAACAUGUGUUUGAAUGCAUCAUUUACACUGAAGGACGAGCUUUGGUUCUGCAAAGAGUGGAGCAGAAUUGACUGGAUGAUGAAAGUUAAAAGAAAAAACAUCAUCUUCUGAGAGGUCUCAUUGAUCACAGCAUCCUGAUGAGCCAGAAGUCAUGUGCUCAUGGUUCAUGGAUUCAAAAAAUGCAGAGUUAUUGACACUGUAUUGAUCCCUGAUACGUGCCGAGUCAGGGAUGUGAGCGUGGACGCACUGCUCCUUUAAGAAGAGUUUUUUUUUUUUGUAUGUUUUCUACUGUAGUUCAUAUCUUUGUUUUUAAGUGUGUUACUUCUUAAUGGAGGUACAUACUUUCCAAAUAAUUAUUUUUUAUUUUGUCCUGUGAUCAUUUCUACAACGGAGUAUUAGAGCCACGUUAAAGAAAAUAAAUUACAAUUAAGAGAUUAAGAUUAAGUUGUACUAAUCAGAUAUUUACAGACCUCAAAGCAGAUCAUUACACAGAGAGUUCAAACUCAGUCAGUCUGUGUUACAGACUACACAAGGAAGGAUUUCCUUGCCCGACUAGGGAGGAGUUGGAAAUUAGCAAUAGCUUUAUACUCUUUAUGCAGCACAUCAGUUUCAUGAAUGUAUUGAAACUAUGUAAAAUUGCAUUGUCCCUUUUUAAAUAAAUAAAUUCAAUUACAUGGGAAACUUCACAAGAUGCUCCACGUUCCUCAUUUUUGAACGGUCGGCUGCUGAUAAACGAAGACUAAAGUAACAACUUUCAUCUCGUAAAUUAAGCCCACGACAUUAAUCUCGUAGAUUAUUAUUAGAGUUUAUUCUCGUAAAUGUAUUGCUACUUACUUUUUAUGUUUACGUCUUCACUCUGAAUGUGGCCCUAAUACUCCUUCAUACAUUUCUAAUAAUUGUCUUUUAAAGAUGCUUUCAGCUUUACUGCUCUGCAUGUUUCCUGUUGUUUUUGUUGUGUUCAGUGGAGGAGGAGAGAAACUAAAGAGCGUUAAACCAAGAACUUUAUUCACUUUAAUUUAUGAAUUCAAUCUUUCAUCACUUUUAAAUUGAGUGAAGAAAAAAAUGAACCCUCACAGAACUCGGUUUCUCUCCAAUCAGAACUCUUUGUGCCUUCUUUGGUUGUUCUGCUCUUGAAUUGAGGCGCUGUGAGUCAAUCAGGAACUGUGAGGUGUAAUUCAAGAUUUUUUUAAUCCACUUUCAUCUUUUCACCCCAACAUGUUUUUACUGAUUUCUUAAUAAUGGAUUACUUGGAUCUGUAGUUGCCAUAGAUACAUCACGAUCAGCUGUGGUAUCAUUUGUAAGCAAUGGGAGCUGUGCUCCACUUUUUCAUUUCCUGUGUCUUUUAAAAAAAGAAAUAAAACAUGUUUGAUAUUUAAA